AAUUUAGGCAUUCUUCAUAAAGGACGCAUAGCUUAAGCUCUCCUUUUCUCUUGGUGGAAGCUGUGACCCGUAUUAACUCGAUAACCUCCGCGUGGCGGGCGGGCGUGGGUGCCCCGUGGUAUUAUGCAGGCGAACUGUGGGAUAGUCUGAUUAACAGAUUUGCGUCGGACGUGGCAUCUUCAAAGCCCAGGGUUCAAAUUAUGGUUCCUACAGGUAUAGCCCACAAAUCCAGGGGCAGUUGGGGUGGCGGCGGGGGUGGCGCUGUGUGUAGGACAAGGAAAUGAGCGGAGGAGUGGGGAUUCUCCCCUGACGAUAGCACGGCACCACACACUACGCACACCAUUUUGGCUCUGGAUUUAGGUAUGGAGAAUGGAGGCAAUUUGGCAGUCUACUUGUUCUGAGAAGUACAAGAUAAUUGGAUAUGAAUAUGACACUUGAUAUUCUCUUGGUCAUAUUAUCAUAUUAUGGAGCAUGCGUUUGGAUCAAGAUACUCUGAUUCUGUUCAAAUGCCAGUAAAGGAGGAUGAAGGUUUUACUAGAAAGUUGACCAAUGAUGGGGGCCUCAGUAAAUUUCUUGUAACCAGUCAACAAGAAAAUCACAUUCCGACUUCUCAGGUUGAAUAUUGCUAUUCAUCAGAUGCUGGAGGUGUCAUUAGUUGGCCAACAAAUGACUUACCAGAAGCAAUUUCAUUGUUAAAGUCGCACACAGCUGACAAUGUUAAUGUUGCAGCCAAUCUGCAGACAUCUGUUGGUAAGAAUUUACAGACAGCAGAAGCAAAAGCCAAGGUAAAGGAACUCUGUUAUACAGAUACAUGUUUUCCUCACCCCUUCGUGUCUGAACCAGAAUUCAGUGCUGGAAUUACACCUUUGGCAAGCUUAAGUUCUGGGGAUUUGCUUGAGGUAUGCACUUCGGAGAAAUAUAUAAAACCAUCUAUUAGUCAUUUAAAUAGGCAAAAUGAGGGUUUAAAUGCUAGGAAAAAUAAGGAAUCAAAAAUAUACUAUGAUGAACCAUCUAUUGAUCGUGUUAACCAAAGUCAUGUCAGAUUUCGACAAAAUAGUUUAGGACCCUGGAAUCAUCUAUAUCAUCUGGCAGCUUCUGCAGGAAGCUUUAGAGUGCACAAUGAGAACUCUAUGGAAAAAGCAGGUCAUAGUUCUCAACUAUCAUCCUUUCGAGGUUGUAAUUUCAAUCUCCAAGAGGAUGUAGAAAAUGAGCAGAAUGAUCUUGACCAAUGUGCCAGAAUGAGACAAGACAGCUCUGGAACACCAAAUCAGCUGAAACUAAAAGUUGGGCUUCCACAAAACUCAUCUAACAGCAAACAUUUGCCACAGAACUCUCAUGCAAAUGCUCAUGUUUCAAGUUGCAACAACAGCUACAGUGGGCCAUCAUUGGCAAGCAAAUCAGUGACACAAAUAUCAGAAGGAAUUCGAACAAAAAUUCUAUCUUCUUCUUGCUCUUAUCAAUUUUUGGUUAAAGACUCUCUAAAUGACAAUAGAAGUGCAGCAGCUAGACAGGUUACAGUUCAUUCUGAUAUCUCAAUGUCUGAGGCGAGAAACUGGAAGUCAGAAAGAGAAUUGUAUGGGCGUCAUGGAGAAGGGAACUGUCAACUGUCUGGCACUUCAAGCGCACAUACCUCAAAAUUAAGUCUGCAUGGUACCAUGGAAAUGAACAAUGGAAGCACACAGAAUGGCCUUAUCUUGAGGCAAUGGCUCAACCAGACAUCACGGAAAGUCAAUAGACUUGAGAAUCUGCAUUUUUUCAAACAAAUAAUAGAACUAGUAGUACAUGCACACUCACAGGGAAUGGUUUUACGGAAUAUCCGCCCUUCAUGUUUUAUGAUUUCCUCAUUAAACCGAAUUAUAUAUCUUGAGUCUCCAUGUCAAUCAAGAUUUGAAUUUUUCAAAAAUCAAGAGUACAGUUCAUAUAGUCCUGUAAUUCACUCACCAGAGCUCCAUCAAAAUAGAAAACGGUCUAGGCAGAGCUUGACAACAGAUUUUGUUGAUGGGCAGGGCCAUGGUGGCACAUUUCAGAUACCAAACCAGAAGCUGAAUAAAUCUGGCACAGACAGUCAACAGAGUGGGCAUCCUCAUGUUGGAGCUGAUACUAGUUUUCGAAAUCAAGGAUCAGGAUCCUUUGUUAAAUCUAACUCUUUUGAUAUGUUUAUUGGUAAUGCCUAUGAAUCUUUCUCUUUAGAUCAUACAACAGGAGGUAUUGUGGAUGGAAAUUUGCUUUCAACAAAUGUUCAGAGUCCCAGACACAAGCUCAGUGAAGGCCAGCAGCAGCUCAUAGAACAAACUGGGAGGCAAUACCAAAGUAGGUUAGGAGCAUUUGACAGCAAAGACUUUUUGCUGCUGGAGAAGAACUGGUAUACCACUACUGAAGAGCUUAAUGGUGGAACACAGACAUUUUCGUCUGAUAUCUAUGCUUUAGGGGUUCUAUUAUUUGAGCUGUUUUGUGCAUUUACUUCAUGGGAGGAACAAUUGAGAACUAUGACAGAGCUCCGCCAUCGCAUUCUUCCUCCUCGUUUUUUAUCAGAAUAUCCAAGGGAAGCUGGCUUUUGUCUUUGGUUGCUACACCCUGAUCCUGCUUCAAGACCGAAGGCUAAAGAGAUAAUUCAGUCUGAAUUCCUCAACGAGGCUCAGGAUGCAUUAACUGAGAGACAAGCUGCUGUCAGAGUUGAUGAAGAAGAUGCAGAGUCAGAAUUGCUGUUGGAUUUUCUAUUGUCUUUGCAAAAGCAGAAGGAGGAAAAGGCCCGUAAACUAGCUCAAGCUGUUACCUGUCUUACAUCAGAUAUAGAGGAGGUCAAUAAAAGACGCUCCUUGGCAUGUAGUGUUCCUGUUGCUAAAAUACAGAGUGACUCAGCUAUCUCUUGUAAGAAUGACAUAAUUGGAGAGAUGAUAAACAAGUCACAUAACUGUUUUUAUGAAGAUGAGGAAAAAUUGAAUUCUGAUAACAAAUUGAUGUAUCAACAGUCAUUUAGAGGUGGAACAGAAGAUGAGGGUCCAUAUUUAGAGGCAAAUCCUAGUAGGUCACAUGCAAUGAAUUCUAAAGGUGCAAAGUUGAUAAAGAAUUUGAAGCAUUUAGAGCAAGUUUAUUUUUCGGUGCGAGGUAAAAUUGAGCCUGCUGAGUUAGACUCUACUAAUUCUUGUUUGCAUGGGCAAAGUAUUCCAAAUAAAAGCUCUAGUAUCAAUACUCUGAGUAGAGAUGCUACCAUACUAAAAGGUGGUGAAUAUGAUUGUGUGGAUCGUCUUGGAUGUUUCUUUGAUACUGUAUGUAAGUAUGCUCGUUAUAGUCGAUUUGAAGUGCGGGCAACUUUACGACAUGGAGACCUGCUUAAUACAGCAAAUGUGGUGUGUUCUGUGGGCUUUGAUCGUGAUCAGGAGUUCUUUGCAACUGCUGGGGUGUCAAAGAAGAUCAAAAUCUUUGGCUGUGAUGCAGUUUUGAAUGAAAAUGUAGAUAUCCAUUAUCCUGCUGUUGAGAUGACAAGCAAAUCGAAGCUUAGUAGUGUCUGCUGGAAUAGUUACAUAAAAAGCCAUAUCUCAUCAACUGAUUAUGAUGGUGUGGUGCAGCUCUGGGAUGCCAGUAUUGGUCAAUCAAUUGCACAGUAUAAGGAACAUCAGAAGCGUGCAUGGUCUGUAGAUUUUUCUCAUGCAGACCCAACAAAGCUAGCAAGUGGAAGUGACGACUGUUCUGUGAAACUUUGGAGCAUUAAUCAGGAAACCAGUAUUGCUACAAUCAAGACAGUUGCAAAUGUCUGUUGUGUUCAAUUUCCACCUGAUUCUGGCAAUAUGAUUACAUUUGGCUCUGCUGAUUACAAGGUCUAUUGCUAUGAUUUGCGCAAUACUAAAGUUCCAUGGUGCACUUUAACAAGCCAUGGAAAGGCAGUUAGUUAUGUAAAGUUUAUAGAUUCCAGCACAAUUGUUUCUGCAUCUACAGAUAAUACCCUUAAAUUGUGGGAUCUUUCAAAAGCCAAGUCUAGUGGAGGAUCCAACAGUGCUUGCACUCUGACAUUUACUGGCCAUACCAAUGAAAAGAAUUUUGUAGGCCUUUCUGUCGCUGAUGGAUACAUUGCAUGUGGUUCAGAGACAAAUUCGAUUUUCUCAUACUACAAGUCUUUGCCAAUGCCGAUGGUAUCACAUAAGUUUGGAUGUGUAGACCCUAUAUCCGGCCAAGAGACAGAAGAUGAUAGUGGCCUAUUUGUUUCAAGUGUGUGUUGGAGAGGAAAAUCACAAAUGCUAGUUGCUGCAAAUUCAACUGGAAAUAUAAAGUUGUUGGAGAUGGUGUAAGAUCAAAAAAUCAUGCUUACCGUUUGAAACAUGAGGACGGUGCCAAAAUUAUUUCUUUGCAUUUCCUCAGGAAGUUGUGCUUGAGCAUUUGGGCACUCAUGGGCAGGAAAAGAAAGUAUCUUGUCAAGAUCUGGAAAUUUUAAGGUAUGCUAAACGUGGCACAUUGACUAAUGUGAGAUCCAGUGAAGAGGUUCCCUGGCUUAGAUGGAACUAAUUUAUGGUGGGGAGGGGGUUGGUUAGUGGUGGUGGGGGUGUUUGCAUGCAAGUUUGUGAGCAAAUCUUCGGGAGAGUAGUCUGAAUCAGGAAAAGUUCUUCAUACACUAUCAAUAUGGGCUAACAUUGCGGCUGACUGUAAAAAUUGAGAAAGACCUUUCAGAAUAAUUUUUGUAAUAGAAGAAAUCAACUUGUGUAAUAGUGACAAACAAGAGAAAUUGCUUGAAUCCCUGUACACUACUUGAUGCUCCUUACAUGCUUUCAGUUCAAAUAGUAAAAACUUUAACUGGAAACCAGAAAACCCAGACAGUUAAGUCGAUUGAAGGGUGAAGUUGCUGUCAAAAGAGGAUAUACAAAACUACCAUACCAUCAUUAACAUUGAUGGGUUAUAUUGUUACUGAUUCAUCACUUGCAUAUAAUUGUACAGAUUAUUGUUAUUUCCAUUGUCCAGCGUCAAAUGCUAUGAAACAAUUACAGAAAUUUAGUUAGUUCAAAGCGCAUUAAAUUCAUUCGAUUGAAAGCCCAAGGAUGGAAAUAUGAGAGGAAUAGACGUAAUGAAGCCUCAAGGACUGGUUAAAAAGAAGAAAUCAAGCAUGGAAAAACCAUGUGUAUUUUUGUGUUUCAUCUGCGUAUUGGAUAGAAGUCUAUGGACAGUAUUUAUUUUUGUUUUUGCAACCACUCAAAACUCAAGUAUGGAAAGUUCUUUAAUCGACUGGGCUUCCUCA